CUGAGCCUCAGUUUCCACAUUGGCACGGCUUGGGGCGAGGCGGGGUGGGGCAGGGCGGGAUCUCUAAGCGUCAGCCCGCGUCCCCGCGCUUGACUCAGCUCCUGGGCCCCUGGAUGUCGAGGAGCCCGGGGCCGCCGGGACCCCCCGAGGAGGGGGGCGCGCCGCCCCCUGGGGCCGAGCCCCCCGUGCCCGUGUAUCACGAGCGGCAGCGCCUGGAGCUGUGCGCGGUGCACGCGCUCAACAACGUCCUGCAGCAGCGGCUCUUUAGCCAGGAGGCAGCCGAUGAGAUCUGCAAAAGGUUGGCCCCCGAUUCCCGCCUGAACCCUCAUCGAAGCCUCCUGGGCACUGGGAACUACGACGUGAAUGUCAUCAUGGCAGCACUUCAGGGCCUGGGGCUGGCUGCUGUGUGGUGGGACCGGCGGCGGCCCUUGGCCCAGCUUGUCUUGCCCCAGGUCCUAGGCUUCAUCCUGAACCUGCCCUCCCCUGUCUCCCUGGGCCUACUGUCCCUUCCCCUGCAGCGGCGGCACUGGGUGGCCCUGCGCCAGGUGGGCAACGUUUACUACAACUUGGACUCAAAGCUUCGGGAGCCCAUGGCCCUGGGGGGCGAGGCCGAGCUCAGGGACUUCCUCUCAGCUGCCCUGGCCGAGGGCCCGUGUGAGGUGCUCCUGGUAGUAACCAAAGAGGUGGAAGCAGCGGGCAGCUGGCUGCAGGCGGCCUGAGCGCCCCCUCCCCUGGCAGCAGGUCUUGAGGGACUCCCACAGCCUGGGCCCCCUGCCCAGAGGCGACUACCUCUCCCUGUCACAUUGCUGCUGUCCUCUCCCCACAUUCCCUGCCUCUCCUGGCAGCCCCAGUCCUGGGGCGUCUGCCUUCCCAGUGUCUCUGCCCUCCCUGCCUUAGCUUCUGUCCCUCCCGCUUUCAGUGUCUCUGGAGAGUGUCAGGAGCACCUGCUGAAGGCCUCGCUCGGUGGGGGGAGGACAAAUGGGGAAGGGCCUGGAGGGGGGCCAGGAAUGCUUCUCAGCUGCUGCCCCCGCAGCCACUUCCUUAAUAAACCUCGCGCCAGGCUGGCGCCUGUGGGGCCCCGCUGCACCUGGGGCCCUCCUCAGCCUUAUCUCCCCUCACUCCCCUCCAGGCUCCAAGUGCUCCAACUAGAUUAGGACCUCUCCUGUGUCCCUGGCCCAGCCUUCCCCUCUGCUCCCCUCCUCUCUUCCUCAGGAGUCAGGUUCCAUUGAUCCAGCAGCUCCAUCCCCAGCAUGUGCUGGGUGCCAAGGGCCAGUGCGCAGGGCUCCCAGCCUGGGGCCUCCACAUGGGAAGGAGCCGCCCCAGGGCCUGUGUUGGCAGCCUCCUGCCAUGAGCUGGGCAGGGAGGCAGCCAGCCUCUGCUCAGAUCUAGGGCUCAGGGGCCACAGGGCUGGACUUCCUGGGGCCCUGUGGGGCUGUGUGCCCCGGGCAAGUUAUUUCACCUUCUGGAGACUGACUUUCCUCAUCUGUAAAAUGGGGAUAAACAUAGCCCCCGCCUCACAGGGCAGGCGAGAGCUAAUGGAUGCCAGUACUUGGCCAGCCUUCGAAGCCCGCCAUUAUGGUAUUGAUUACAACUACACCCGCAUUCUAUGUCUCUGACAAGCACAUUAAAAAACCUCUCAAGUGCUA